AUGGCCUCUCCGUCCGCAGAGCUGGAGAACUCUCCAAACCCUCGCACCCGCGAGGAGAAUCAAGAACGAGCUUUCAUCGCCGCCUCCAGACGUAAAGACCGCAGCUUAGAUGCCCGGUUGGAAUCCGCCAACCGAGCAUCCGUCCUGCACAAGCAGCGCACGGGCAAGUCUCUCAACAUCAACCGGGACAUCGUGGAGCGCGAGGCCAUGUACGAAGAAGUCGACGAGCGCUACCAGGAGAAACUCCAAAACAUCAUCAACAACCAGCGCUACCAGCUCGUGCAGGACGAGUUCCGCAACAACCUCUACAACGCCUUUGCCCUGCGCAAUGCCACCGCAGGGGGUCUGCAACACCGCCGCGCCGCGAGCCACACCCCACGCGGAUCCAUCAACGGCAUCCACAAGAUGAGUCUAGACCUGUCUCAUCUCCGCUCCUCCAUCUCAGAGGGCAUGCAAUCCCACCACACCCCCAUCGACAGUCCCAUCGGCACGGCCGGGCCCGCCUCGGCCAGUAACUACGUCCUCUCCCCCACCUACAGCGGCUCCACCCACCCUCACCACCACCACCACCCUCACCAGCAAUCGCCGUCGUAUCCCGCCUACAUGGGUCCCGCCAUCACGCCGUCCACGCCCGCCUGGCCCCAGAACAACCCAUGGCCAGCAGGGUUCCCGACCCAACACACGCCCACGCCGUUCGACCCGGCCAACAUGGCCGUCGCCACAGACAUGGCCAUGGGCACCGGCGCCGGCCUGCCGGUAACCACCCGCCAGUAUCGCGACCGCAUGGCCUCCGCCCCUGUGAUCCCCGUGCACAGCCUCCCAACCGGCACGCCGGCACGCAGCGCCAGCAACGCCCAGCACACGCGCGUGCGCUCGGAACCCACCAACGCCGCCGCGGCCGCAGCCCACCACCAACAGAUGCAGCAGCAGCAGUACCACCAGAUGCAGCUGAGUCUCGCCCUGGGCCGCUCCCCUCACAUCGACAUGGACAUGGACGCCGCCACGGCCCCGAGCAGCAUGAGCACCACCGAGCCCAUCCCCACGCCGGACCUGUGCCCUACCCCGAGUACGCCCCACAGCCCGACUACAACCACGGCGGCGGCGGCGGCGUCCGCCUACCACGACGACGCCAGCGCGGGCGCCAUGUUCAGCUCUGCCCUCAACAUGCUCAACAAGGAAGACGACAGCGGCGGCGGCGGCGGCGGCGGCGGCGGCGGCGGUGGUCACCCCGGCACGGCCACGAACAACGGAGUGUCAUUCUCCAACGACCUGUUCGACGCCGACUACGCGGAGUUCAGUCAGUUUGCGUUCGCUCUCGGCGGGGACGAAGUCAGUGGCAUGAUUCCCGAGGCUGGGGCGGGGCCGGAGUGGAAGUUUGAUGAGUUGGUUGCGUUGGAUGAGUAUCCUGUUUCUGCUUAA